ACUUCCCCCGCCCUGCUUGUUUGGCUACCCGAGAGAACCUGGAGUGACGCGAAGUCGGUUGGCUCGCUGUCCAAUCAGAAGUCGCUGGGGCUGAACCUGAUGUUCGGUCUUCUUUCGGGGGUUUGAAUUUUGGCGGCGGCGCUGCGUCUUCGUUCGGAGGCUGGUCUUCUCUCAAGGCGGCGGCGGCCGUGGCGUUGUUUCGGCUAUUUGAGAUGGCGAAGCCGCCGAGGGAAAGUGAGGUGUUGGCCUCCUCGCUGGUGAAUAGUGUGACCAUGGCUCUAUCAAACCUUCUGGAUUUAUGGAACGAAAUGGGCAUCAGUAGAGAGCUGCAACUGGAGCGCAUGCAGAUGGCAAAGACUCACAUCGAGGCUCUGUUGAAUGAAAUGAUUGAGGAAGAAAGUAACUUGAAAGAAAAAAUUGAAAAUGACAUUGAAACACAGAAGAAUCAGUUGAAUAUGCUGCGAUAUGAACUCAAGAUGGAUCCCUUCCAAGUUGAGGCGGACUUAUCCAUCCUUCAGUUGGAGAAAGAACUCCGUCUUGCUUUAGAUGCUGCUCUGAAAGAAAAACAGGAAAGGCUGAAGGAGUUGAAACAACUGCAGGAAGAAGAUCAGUCACUGUGUGUAGAGCUUUGUCUUACACCCUACUACAUACCUACUGGCAGUGUUCCUAGUCGUUUGGAACUGGAAGAGCUAAAAGAACACGUUCAGAAUCUCUUGAAAGUAAAGGAGCAACGGUUGGAAGAAUUUUUUAAACUGAGAAGAGAAAUCAGGCGAUAUCAUACAGAAAUCGGGCAUACACCAGAUGGGACACUGGAAAACGAGAUGCUAUCUGAUGGAGAUGAAUAUAUUUGUCUUACCAAGAAGGAUCUUCAAGAUCUCCACUUGCUUGUUCAUCAGCUGCAGGUCAAGAAAGAGACUCUGAUUGCCACCAGGGAGGCUCUGGUGAAAGAGGUGCAGCUUCUGUGGAACAGACUUCAGUGGCCGCAAGAGCAGCAGGAGCAACUCCAAAGAACCACAAGCAAAUGUUCUCUUUCUGAAGCAGUUACAAUGUGGGAAGAAGAGUUACAGACCCUGGAAAAGCUGAAGAAAGAGAAACUGAAGGAAAUGACUUUGAAAGUCAGGCAAGAAAUCAAUAGUUACUGGCAAAAAUGCUUUUAUAAUGAUGAACAGAAAGCUGCAUUUCAGCCCUUCUAUCAUGACAAUUUCUCAGAAGAUCUACUGAAUCAACAUGAUGAGGAACUUCUGAAAAUGAAAGAUCUUUAUGAGAAAAAUAAGCUCCUAUAUGACAGUAUUCAGAAAUGGGAAAACACAUGGGACCGGUUCAUUGAACUGCAGAGAAAGUCAACAGAUCCAAGCAGACUUCUGAACAGAGGGGGUAACUUACUCAAAGAUGAAAGAGAACGAUCAAAGAUUCAAAAGCAGUUGUUAAAGUUGGGUGAAGAGCUGAAGAAAAGUGUUGAGAACUGGGAGAUGGAAAAUAGCUCACACUUCCUUGUUAAUAACCAGAAGUUUCUAGACUCCAUGGCUCAUCAACUGGAACAUCACAAACUUAAAAAAGAUCUGCCAAAAAUGCUGAAGAGAGAGGAUUCUGCACCUCCGAAAACUGCUGCUAAAAGAUGUGCAGAUGCAAACACUCCAACACCCAGCAAGAUACGCAAGGUAAAUGCAGCUUCUCAAUCAGCUGUUCUUAAAGCAAGUAAUUACAGUAAUAUAGCAACUCAAGCUGCCGUUGCAGGCAAACAGUAUGGUCAAACCAAGACUCCUUCCAAAAACCUACCUCUAGAUUCCCCGUACCGACCACCAUUAGAAGCGCGCAAGGAAAGCAAAUCAGCCAGUCAACCUAGCUAUUCAGAUUUCAUGAAAGAACUAUCAGUGAAAUCCAGCAGCAGCAGUGGAAUUUUCAAUUCUACAUUCAAGGAGAACUUAAGUGGAUGAGCCUACCUCGGCUGCAGCUUUAAAAAAAAAACUUUUUGCUCAAGUGGAGACUAUAUAAAAAGAAUAAAGUGGUUUUUUAAAAUACAGUAUGUUAUAGUGUAUAUAAUCAAAGAUACCAAUAAACGACUUUUAAAACUG